AUGAGCGAGCAACAGCAACCUCCUCAGCAGCAGUACAUGCAGCACCAGCCUCAGCAACCAAUGUCGCCCGUCCAGCCUGCCAACGUCUACACGCCGCCCGUCCACAGCCCCGACCCCAUCCAGACGACCCCCCAGGGCCAGUCGCAUCAAGCUCUGCCUCCUAGCUACGACCAGGCAAAGGUCGCCCCCCAGGGCGUGCCCGUCCCAGGACACAAUGGCGUCGCCGCGACCGUGGUGCCGCUCAACAUGCUCGGCGACCAGCCGCAGCCCAUCGACUGCCCGUUCUGCCACCGCCGCACCAUGACCGAGAUUCGCAAGGAGGGAAGCUCCAUGCAAAUCCUCGUCGGCGCUCUCUUCUGUCUCGUCUGCGUCUGCCUGACCUGCGUGCCCUGCCUCGCUCACUGGUUCGAGGAUGCCGAGUACCGCUGCAACCAGUGCAAGAACAUGGUCGCCCGCCGCCGCCACGACGGUCCUAUGGAAGUUCUCGGACCCCAGGCCGCUGUCUACUCGCAGUACGGCCAGCAGCCCCAGAUGAACGCUCAAGGCCAGCAAGCGCAGGGCGCCCCCGUCCAGACCAAGGACGCCUCGGGCCUUGCUCAACCCCAGCAGUACGAGAUGCAGCCGCAACAGCUGCAGUACCAUCAGCAGCAGCAACAGCACCAUUAUCAGCAGCAGCAGCAGCAGUCUGGACAGGUGCAGGAAAUCCAGCCCGUGUACCACCAACCCCAGCAGUACCAGCAGCAGCAGUACGCUCAAGCUGGCACGCCUCAGCCUGACCAGAAGCACUAA